CCGGACGUUGGCGAGCCUAUAUAAGAAGGCCCUCGUCCGAGGCGCGGCUGUUGCGAGACGCUGCCCUUGAGGGGAGGUUAAAAAAAGACAGAAAACCUUUGCUGGUCGUAAUGGAGGAAGCCACGGGAGACCGCGGUCGGGACCGAGGCGAUGCGGCGUCUGGCGUCACCCUCAUUGUCAAGAGCCCCGCGCAGCGGCACCCUGAUCUGCUUCUGCCCGCUCAGCGCUCUUGGAGCGUUCGGCGCCUCAAGGCGGAGCUGCGACGCCUCCACCCGGACGGACCGCCUGAAGACUCUCAGCGGUUGAUUUAUUCUGGGAAGCUGUUGCCUGACCAUCUUUGCUUGCAAGAGGUGCUUGCCAAGCAUGAGAUGGUGCAUGCUGUCCACCUGGUGUGUAACUCAAAAAAUGUGCCACAUGUACAGGAAACUGAUGGGAAGGUUGCUGAGGCCCAGAAAGAGUCAGCCGCAUGUAGCCAAGGUCCUUCUGUACCUUCAUCAGCCAAUGCUGGGAAUCAUAGGGAGAAUUCCUGCAACCAGCCUUUUACAACAGGGGAAGCUGGUAAUAGGCCUCAUCUGACACAGCAUACCUUUCAAGGCAUGAGUCCUGGCUAUCAUUCAUAUACCACCUACCGCAUGAUGCAGUUGUGGUUCCAGCAGAUUUAUGCACGGCAAUACUACAUGCAAUACAUGGCUGCCAGUGCUGCUUCAAGUGAAUUGCCCCCUACACGAAGUAUGCAGGAAAUCCCAGUGGCCCCAGUUGCUGCUCCAGCUCCUCUCCCUGGUGCAUUUCCUGCUGGAAACCAGCCUGGAAAUCAGAAUGCCCCCCCUCCGGUGAACCCUGGAGUAAACCAAAAUCUGCGAAUGAAUGCACAGGGAGGUCCUCUGAUGGAAGAGGAUGAAGAAGGCAACCGCGACUGGCUGGACUGGCUGUAUUCGGCAACCCUGUUCUAUGUGUUUGUCAACAUCGUUUACUUCUACUCCAGCAUGAGCAGGCUCUUCAUGGUGAUGGUGGGCACUCUGCUCAUGUACUUGCACCAGAUUGGAUGGUUCCCUUUUAGGCGGAGGCCAGCUCAGGACAAUAUUCCCCCACAAGCAGCUGUUAACCAAGACCAAAACAAUAACUUACAGGUACCAGAGAGUGAACCAGCAGCGCCUUCGUUUAUGAGCACAGCCUGGCUGUUCUUCAAGGCUUUCUUUGUGUCUCUCUUACCAGAGGGACCGCCAGCUGUGGUCAACUAAAUGACUGCCUGUUACCCAUACAGUAACCUAUUACUGCAGCUAUCUGCUCUGCUGGCGCAAGAUAGGGUACCGGCUUGAACAUUCAGGUAGCCAGGUGUCAGAUAAAAAGAAAUCUCCUUUGUGUUCAGCUGAAAUCUGACAUGUAACUGUCUGUAGACUCUAAACUAUGGUGUUAUUCCAGAGGGUCAGUGAAUUGUAUAGUAAGACAUUGGAUAUAGAGGGCUUACAGCCAUACAGUACUUCAUGUAAGUAAGACUGCUGCUGUGGGCAGAGAUAUAAGGAGAAUUUGAUUCCUGUUGGAAUGUGUUUAUUCUUUACAUUACACUGAGUGUAGUUAUCUUUUGCAACCAGUGAAUUGCUAGGUAUGUAUUAUAACAAUUUUACAGAGAAGAUCUAUGCCAAAAAAAUGAAGAAAGGCAGCAUUUGUCGAGAAGCAGUGAGUUGUGUCUCACAGCUACCUUCUACCAAGUCUUCCUCCCUUGGAGAAAGCCUUCCCAUCACAAGACAUCUUUUGCAUCAGAAAGACAUUCUCCAUCAAGAUGUCUUAGCAGAAGGUAUUCAUAGGCUCCAGUUUUGCAGGAGAAAGUUGUACAGUCCAGUGCAAUGAAUAUUCUUGUGUAAAUAGCUUUCCACGAAGGAUACC